UUGGAUGUCUUAUACAAAACUUUUAUUUAGAAUCAAUGAACUGCUGAUGCAUAAUGAUGAACUACUGAUAUAAAUGUUCUUCGAGCCAAGCCUACGUCUACUGUUGCUUUCUAAUGAAUGCUGUAGGCCCUUAUUCCGCAAGUGAAGAUGGAUCAUUUUUUUAGAGGUUCUGAUGCAGGCGACUUGCUGUUGCCAUAGGAACAGCAUCCCCAGCCAUCAUUUAUUGACACGCUUCUUCUUAGCUCCUGCUUUGAUUGAUCGAGCUCCUCGCUAUGUAGCCAAUCACAACGAAGUGAAACGCGGAAGUCCCGCCCACCACAGUCACGACUGCCUAAUUUAGACCCAUAGGCGUGGCGUAACGCGUUUCACAAAGCCUAUUGGGCGUUUCGAGCGUCAAUUAUCAAGGAAACCACUUACGUUAGCGUGAGGACUAAUUGAUGAGUCUUCAUAAUGUCUCCACCCGAGAGAAUGGCGUUCGGGGAUGCUGAAAGAUGUGCAUGCGGCGAUAGUAAAGGCAGAAUUGAGCAAAUAAUGCGCAAAAUCUUCUAUUCUGAAAUGCUCCUACAUCUUUAAAUAUCCUAAUGUCACCUGAAUAACGUUUUGGAGUGGAUUCGACAUGCAUUUUAUGUUUUGUUUUAUGUGAGCCAAGGAUUAAUUGUAACCUAAAAUGCAUGCAGAGUCAUUCCGCAGGCAUUUUACAUGUUGAUGUUGGGUUAUAGAUGUGAUCUGGACAUAUGAGAUGCCUCGGAGGUUGUUUUGCUAUGAAGUCCACGCUGUGGCUGUUUGUGCUCCUUUGUUAAUUGUCUCUAUGGUGAGCGUUGCAGUAGUACAGCCAGCCAUGGCUCAGUGUCUGCUCGACUCCUGCGAUAUUCAAUGCAAGUUCCCGGUUGCAUUUGCUCGGAUCGGACUCUGGUAGCUGCUGGCUCAGUCAGACGCGCGUCACAUCGGUUGCGGCUCGGUGCGCAAUGCGCGAAUACAAGGUGGUGGUGCUCGGCAGCGGAGGGGUCGGGAAGUCCGCGCUCACGGUGCAAUUCGUGACCGGCACCUUCAUCGAGAAGUACGACCCGACCAUCGAGGACUUCUACCGCAAGGAGAUCGAGGUAGAUUCGUCUCCAUCGGUGCUGGAGAUCUUGGACACGGCCGGUACAGAGCAGUUCGCGUCCAUGCGGGAUCUCUACAUCAAGAACGGCCAGGGGUUCAUCCUGGUGUACAGUCUGGUCAACCAGCAGAGCUUCCAAGAUAUUAAGCCCAUGAGAGAUCAGAUCAUCAGAGUGAAGAGGUAUGAACGCGUGCCCGUGAUACUCGUGGGAAACAAGGUGGACCUGGACAACGAGCGUGAAGUUUCAUCAAGUGAAGGUCAAGCUUUAGCUGAAGAAUGGGGCUGUCCUUUCAUGGAGACGUCAGCCAAGAGUAAGACCAUGGUGGACGAACUCUUCUCGGAAAUUGUCCGGCAGAUGGACUACGCCUCACAGCCGGAUAAAGAAGAUCCUUGCUGCUCGUCAUGCAACAUACAAUAACCUGAUGCAAUCAGAAACAUGGCUUUACUGGGUUUCCAAAGGAGUAAAACAUGGGAAUAAAGAUCAUUGUUCGAGAUCUUUAUAUAUUCCGUUCCCAUGGAGAAAUAAUUGGCGAGGAGCAUCCGUUCACAUACAUGGGCUGCAAACGAUAAAGGCCAAAGUAUGCUUCAGUUUAACGUGUGCUGGGUGCGUGACGCACAUUUUUUUACCAUAAAGCAGUAAGAUUGCGCAAGCAUCGAACACGUCCGUAUGCGCUUGCGGUUAAAUGAGUAUACUGAGUGCAUAACCGAGUUGUAGUUUCAACUGGCUUUGCUUCAGGAUACAGAUUUUACAGUGGACAUUAAGUGGCGACCCAACACAACACCAAAAUUGUUUAUUGUACAAGAGUAAACAAAAUGUCAUUCAAAUAUUAUAUUAAUUAGUAUUACCAUGCACUUAGUAGGCCCGACAAAUGCCACAAAAUUAUUAACAUCACAUAUAGAAAAUAUUUUUAUGUUUCAAAAUGUCCCUUGAAUUUCAUUGGUUUGGCUCUCGGCAGCCAAUAAUUCACUACAAAAAAAGAAUUGGGUCCCAUAUUUGUUUUACCUGCCAAGGUUUUGUUCAUGGUUUUUGAGGGUGAGGGUAUGUCACACAACUUGUCCAUGAUGGCAUCUACCUAAUCUGGUUAGUUUCUACCAACUGACAGAUAAAUAAGUGCCAAAAUACUGUGAGUUUUUUUGGAAGGCUAACAUCAGUGGCUGGGCUUCCAAUCAAACUCCACGUCAUUUUGACACAAAUUAAUUGGUAACUUUGUAGAAGCUGGCAUAUAAUGACAAAUAUAGGAAGCAAUCAUUCAUUAGCCAAUGAGAUUCUCAAAGAGGCGUUUCUAUUUGUGCUUUUGGACAUCCAAUUCAUUGUAUUCCGCCUUGAUUUAAAAUAGAUGCGGCUCAAAACGGACCUUUCCCAAUCUUAUCCAUUAAACGCUCUGUUUUCUCUAGUGUGUACAUGCCCUAAUUCAACACAAAGAUUUUAAAAAAGGUCAAGGGGAUACUGAAAUGCACCAUACUAUAAUAUUUUCUUUUUCCCCAUGUUUUCACGCUCAAUGAGAAAGUUUGACAUUUUUCGCAGGAGAUUCAGACUUGAUUGCAUUUAUUUUGUCACUUUGUUUUGCACUUAUAAAACCUGAUGUCUUAAAAGAAUAUUCCUGGUUCAAUACAAGUUAAGCUCAAUCGACAGCAUUUGUGGCAUAAUGUUGAUUAAAAAUACAUUUCAAAUCGUCCUUCAUUUUAUUUAAAAAUGAAGCAUAUAACACACACAGAAAUGUGAAGCAUAUAAUUUUAUAAAAGCACUUACAUUCAUUCUUCUGUUAAAACUCAUGUACUAUUUGAGCUGUAAAGUUGUUUAGAUCAUCAUUUUAUGUUCGUUUUAGGGUUUAUGGUGUUCAGUUGUCAUGGGAACAAAGUUGCAGAAUUGGAUAUAACUUUAGACAGAAAAGGUUAGUAAGUGAUUUGAUCACACUAUAACCAUGUUAACACUCAUAUUGUUGACAUCUUGUGUCAAUACUUUUGAGUAUUUUAACAUUUACUGAUUGGGCCCAUUCACUUCCAUUGUAAGUGCCUCACUGUAACCCAGAAAUUUUAUUUAUUUAUUUUUUUAAGAAAAGGAGGGUCAAGCCUUUGGUAAUUUUGGUAAUCAACAUUAUGCCACAAAUGCAGUCGAUUGAGCUCAUCUUUUAUUGAACCCGGAAUAUUCCUUAAAACUGCCAUUCAUUUUGAAUCUCCAAGCAUCCACAGUCAUGUGAUCCACACCGAAGGUGACGUUUCCUCACAGGUACUAUCAGAUGUGCUGUUAAAAAUGUUCAUGAGUGGAUCGAUUUGUGUGCAAGUGUCCCGUGCAGCAACCAGAGGUUUAAAUUUGUGUGUUUGGGGGACUUUGGGAAGCCAAAAAAGAAUGAUGGAAAGCACUUUGCUUUUUAAUGUUGUGUCCAUUCUGAUUUCUGAAAUUGCUGCGAAUAUUCAGCUGAUUAUGUUGUGAUUUUUAAAUUAGCACCUCGAUAUAGAUUGUUACAGAUAAUGAAUUAUGUUUUGGUACUUUCCAUGAAUAUGCUACAAAUUGGUGUCCUGUUGGUGUACUUUUUUAAAGCAAUAAAGACAUGAAUCCCAUGUUCAAUAGAGGCAGAGCAAUUAAAUAUGUUAGAUAAAGUAUAAUCUAACAUAAAAUUAACAUCAAAAACAUUAAAUGUCUGCACCAGUCUCUUAAAAUGUAGAAUUUACGCUUUCCCACCUCAGAGGUCUUAGCCUUCUCGACACUAUCCAACGAAUUAAAAAAUCACAACAGUGUCGUAAUUCUGGCAAACUGUUUAUUUGAUAUCCAAUACUUUUAACCAAUUUUUUUUUCUUGCCAUAAAAAUUAUCUAAAAAUGUCACAUCCAUGAAGUAACAUCAUUUGGACUCUUUCUAAAUCAAGGCGGGAAAACAAGCAAACAAUGUCAUUCCAUUCCCACAAAUUGUAGUGUUCAAUGUAUUUGACAAGCUCAACCGUUCAACCUUGUUUCCAUAGUUAUUUCUAAUUUUUCAAAUAAGUUCAUCAAUAACUACAUGCCAAAGUCCCUACUUUUAUUACCCUUUACAGGUGCAUCUCAAUAAAUUAGAAUGUCGUGGAAAAGUUCAUUUAUUUCAGUAAUUCAACUCAAAUUGUGAAACUCGUGUAUUAAAUAAAUUCAGUGCACACAGACUGAAGUAGUUUAAGUCUUUGGUUCUUUUAAUUGUGAUGAUUUUGGCUCACAUUUAACAAAAACCCACCAAUUCACUAUCUCAAAUUAGAAUACAUCAUAAGACCAAUAAAAAAAACAUUUUUAGUGAAUUGUUGGCCUUCUGGAAAGUAUGUUCAUUUACUGUAUAUGUACUCAAUACUUGGUAGGGGCUCCUUUUGCUUUAAUUACUGCCUCAAUUCGGCGUGGCAUGGAGGUGAUCAGUUUGUGGCACUGCUGAGGUGGUAUGGAAGCCCAGGUUUCUUUGACAGUGGCCUUCAGCUCAUCUGCAUUUUUUGGUGUCUUGUUUCUCAUUUUCCUCUUGACAAUACCCCAUAGAUUCUCUAUGGGGUUCAGGUCUGGUGAGUUUGCUGGCCAGUCAAGCACACCAACACCAUGGUCAUUUAACCAACUUUUGGUGCUUUUGGCAGUGUGGGCAGGUGCCAAUUCCUGCUGGAAAAUGAAAUCAGCAUCUUUAAAAAGCUGGUCAGCAGAAGGAAGCAUGAAGUGCUCCAAAAUUUCUUGGUAAACGGGUGCAGUGACUUUGGUUUUCAAAAAACACAAUGGACCAACACCAGCAGAUGACAUUGCACCCCAAAUCAUCACAGACUGUGGAAACUUAACCCUGGACUUCAAGCAACUUGGGCUAUGAGCUUCUCCACCCUUCCUCCAGACUCUAGGACCUUGGUUUCCAAAUGAAAUACAAAACUUGCUCUCAUCUGAAAAGAGGACUUUGGACCACUGGGCAACAGUCCAGUUCUUCUUCUCCUUAGCCCAGGUAAGAUGCCUCUGAUGUUGUCUGUGGUUCAGGAGUGGCUUAACAAGAGGAAUACGACAACUGUAGCCAAAUUCCUUGACACGUCUGUGUGUGGUGGCUCUUGAUGCCUUGACCCCAGCCUCAGUCCAUUCCUUGUGAAGUUCACCCAAAUUCUUGAAUCUAAUUUGCUUGACAAUCCUCAUAAGGCUGCGGUUCUCUCAGUUGGUUGUGCAUCUUUUUCUUCCACACUUUUUCCUUCCACUCAACUUUCUGUUAACAUGCUUGGAUACAGCAUUCUGUGAACAGCCAGCUUCUUUGGCAAUGAAUGUUUGUGGCUUACCCUCCUUGUGAAGGGUGUCAAUGAUUGUCUUCUGGACAACUGUCAGAUCAGCAGUCUUCCCCAUGAUUGUGUAGCCUAGUGAACCAAACUGAGAGACCAUUUUGAAGGCUCAGGAAACCUUUGCAGGUGUUUUGAGUUGAUUAGCUGAUUGGCAUGUCACCAUAUUCUAAUUUUUUGAGAUAGUGAAUUGAUGGGUUUUUGUUAAAUG